AUAUUUUUUAUUUAUUCUCUAGUAGCUUUGUGGUUGAGAAAAAAAAUUAGAAUUGAUUUAUUUCCUUGGUUUAUAUAAAAUUGUAAUCCAUCCAUUUUGUGUAAUUAGAUACAUAUUUCGACGUGCUUAUUUAUAAAAAUGCGACGUAAUUCAAGAGGAUUUCGACAAGGCCCUGGCUCUAACCGAAGUCGCAUUACAGAAGAAUCGGAGUUAAAAGAUUUAGAUUUGGAGUUGCAACUGCUGAGGCGCAAACGAGAGUUGCUGGAGCAGAAAGUCCAAAAUGAACAAUAUCAUAGUCUUUCCAACAAUCAUAACUUCUCUUAUUUGUAUGAAGAUUCCAAUACUUCUCGCCCUAACUAUGGGAAACAGCCUGUCAGGAAGCGGCCAUCGGUCGAAAGCGAUUGGCACGCGGCGCCGCCCAAACGUGCCUCUCGCUCUCAACUGCGCAAAAAUAAUGCAAGGCGGUUCGAUGACGAUUAUGAAGCACGAGAGAGAUUUGACUUUAUACCUUUAGGUCAAAACUCUUUAAGAAAGCAAGAUCAAGAAAGUUAUCGUGGCAAAACUUCGACUUCUAAUCAGUCAAAUUACAAACACAAGGCUGCACCAUUAAUGAGUUUUAAUAGUAAGCCUUUCAUAGGUCAAAGAAUUGUGGACAACCAAUCGAUCAAACCCAAACAAAAAAAUUUCCAGCCAACCAAAGUCACCAAACAUAAACCAGGCGAUGCAAACAAAGUUACUCCCGGUUUUAAACAUGGUACUGUUAUUGCAUCACAAGCCUUGAAAGCAGAAGAAAAAUUUCCAAUUUUAAGAGCUGACAAAAUACCCACACAACAAAUGGCGGGUCGUUUGGAGUUAGCCCUGGGAAACAUUAUGAAGGCUAUUAAACUCAAAUAUAGCGAUGAAAGUCUUUACACCAUCGAAAAGAUGCGUUGUAUGAAGAACAUAAUCCGCCAACGUAUUCGAAAGGUUAUGAUUGGUAAGCCUGUUGGUGUUGUGUCUACAAUUCUCGACCAUUACCGAAAUGUAUAUCCUGAACACACCGAUGUAGAAAUUGUGGCCGCAGCCAAAGCUGUUUCGAAGGAAGAAAAAGGAAAACUGACUUUCAAUGAAGAUAUACUGGAUCCUCAAAAGUAUUUCAAGCAGCAUAUGGCUAAACUUAUGGAUCUGAAAUUGAGUGAAAUGUUUUCAAAGCUGAGAACUCUUUAUGCUGAAGAAAAUGGAAAGGAUAUACAGCCUUUAAUAGAUGCAGCGCUGAAAGAUAAUAGUGGUGAGAUACCGAAACAAAAUGUCACAGAUAAGGAACAUAAUGAUUUCAACAAUAUUGAUAAAGACAUUAGCUUGGAUAAUAUUGAUAGCGACCAAACAACAAAUGAAUGCACUAAACCUUAUUAUUUGGAAAAACUUAUGAUGACAUUGUUGACUCGUAAACUGCCACAAGCAUUAUAUAGAUACAAAAGAAACAUAAUACACAUUAUGGAAUUAGAUCGAUCUUAUGAAGAGUUAAAAGCUGAUAUAAUAGGGAAAACUGGUGAACUAAUAAAAAAAUAUGCGAAGACAGAAUCUGAUGAUGAAGGUAACAACAAAGAGACAGAGGAAAAUGAAAAUUAUACCACACAAACAGAUAAAAGAACAACUGAAACACAUCCACAAGCACGUCUGCCAUAUUAUGUUAAGAUUGUGGGUCGCCCUGCUUUGCCUAAGCGUAACGCAAUGCAAAUAUUUUUGGACGAAUAUGAUCCCAAGUCAAUAAAAAAAGUUAAACACUUGCGAAAUCUGCUGUUUGUCGGUUUCGACAAUAAAGACAACUUCGACAAAAUUGUAAAAGCCAGUAAUACUGUUAUUGGUAAUAAUAAACUCAUUAUAAAAAUUAGUAAAUGGGUUACAAAAGAGGCUUUAGAUGCACCUAACACCAACCAAAUUAGUAACUCACAAACUGAAAAUAUUGGCGAUAGCUCUUUUCAAUCUAUAGACGAUCAAAUAAACAAUCUGCUAACUUCAAUAAGACGAGACGAAGAAGCUAAUGAAAUUAGUCAAGGUGAGAAGAAAGAGAGUGCUGAUGAAUCUAAAGAAAAUUCAGCGCAAGAUAUUCCAGAGCAACUUGGUGAUGGCCAAUCUAAUGAAAUUAAUGUGUGUGUAAGUGAGAAAAAUGAUGCGUCACAAGGUGAUCAAAGUCAAAACCCAGAUGAAAACACAGGAGCGGUUAAAAAUGCAAACAAUGAAUUAGAAAGUAAAAAUAAAGUAGAAAACGAAAAUUACAUAGAAGGCGCAAAUGAUGCAGGAGAUGCAAAUAAUGCAGAUCAAGAAAAUAAUGUAGAAGGUAAGAAUGAUGCAGAAGUUAAAAAUAAUGUAGAAGGUGAGAAUGAUGCAGAAGAUAAAAAUAAUGUAAAAGUAGAAAAUGAUACAAAAGAAGAAAAUAAUGUAGAAAGCAAUAAUGAAGCAGAAGUUAAAAACAAUGUAGAGAGAGAAAAUGAUGUAGGAGGAGAAAAUAAUGCAGAAGAUGAAAAUAAAGACAUUAAUGAGGGAACUCAAAGUACAAAUGUAAAUGAUAAUAUUGAAAUAGAAACAACAAAUAAAGACAAAUUAAAUUCUUUAAUGAGUGAAUCGAAGGAUAAUAGUCCAGCUAUAUCUACAAGAAGCUCGUCUCGGCUAGCUAAUGUGACGCAAUCUACUAUAAGAACCAGACAAGCCAGACGACUCACUCAGGAUAACUAAACCUAAUUAUAAGAAAAUGAGCAAUCGUCACUUCAUCUAAAACCAUACGACAAAUAUUUUCAUUCACUUUAAAAUUCUUUAUACAAAAACUACCUAUUUUCAAUGUACUUUAUUAAACAAUUAUUAUUGCUUACAAGUAUGUAUGUAUUAUUAAUAUAGAGUUGCAGAUUUUUUUUUAUUAUAUUUCAUCGUUUCAUAUUUGUAAAUAUAUAUGUAUUCAUAUAUGUUAAAUUUUGAAUAAAUCACUGUAUUUUCUUUUUUUGUUUUAAAUAUAA